AUGGUCCCAGACAUGCUCUAUUGGAUUAAGGUCCGAGCUACGUGCAGGCCAAUUCAGGAUGACAAUAAAAAAGAACUGUUAGAGCGAGUUAAAGUCGAAGAUACCAAAUUGACGGACAAUAAUAAUUUUUAUACGUCAACUCCUCUUAGAACAGCAAAUGGGAACGUCUCGGAAUUAUCCUUAACUUCAAAUGGCAACUAUAGUACUACCAAUACCUUGAACGGUGACGACAGUCCUUCCAAAGUACUAGCCAAAGAGCAGCUAAUGAAUAGCAUUAACGCCAAUACAUUAAUAAACGCAAAAGAAAUUUUAAUGACGGAACUGACUUAUAAAAAAGAUUUAGAUGUCAUCAACGUCUGGUUUCGAGAUGAAAUAGGUAGAGAAGAACCAGAAGAAUGUCAAAUCCUUUUAUCGUUAAUAGCACCUUUAGCACAAGCCCACGGAUUGUUAGUAAAAGAUUUAGAAAAGAGAUUGAAAGGUUGGGAUAUAAAGGGAGGACCUAGAGCCAUACCUAGCGCCGAAAAAAUAGCUGACGUACUUUUGGCGCAUUUACCACCACUUUUACCAAUAUACGAAGAAUAUUUAGAUGGACACAUGUUAGUUCUCGAACGUUUAGAUACGGCUUUCAAACAAAACAAUCGCUUCGAACAGCUCUAUAGAGAUUUCGAAACACAAAAAGUUUGUUACCUUCCUCUAACAACUUUUGUCCUGAAACCAUUACAUCGUUUGCUACAGUAUCAGGCUCUUCUACAAAGGCUUCUAAAACAUUACGGACCUAGUCAUCCCGAUAGGGCCGAUUGUAUGACAGCUAGCGAUACACUGAAAGAUUUAAUGCAACCUGUAACCGAAACUUUAGAACAAUCCAAGAAUUUGGCAACACUGUGUGAACUACAAAGAGAUAUUAUUGGAUUCGAUAAUUUGGUACAACCCGGAAGGAAGUUUAUAAGACAUGGUUGUCUUUUGAAACAUUCUAGGAAAGGAUAUCAACAGAGAAUGUUCUUUUUAUUUUCGGAUAUUUUACUGUAUACUUCACGGUCUCAAGCGACGUUGCAGUUCAAAGUGCAUGGUCAUAUGCCUUUAAGAGGUGUAUUAAUUGAAGAACCUGACGGUGAUUUAAUGUUUAACGGUUUGAUUAUAUAUGGAGGUAAUAGAGCGUUAACUGUGGCAGCUAAUUCACCAGAAGAAAAAGAAAAAUGGAAAAACGACCUUCAGAGUACUAUCCAGCUAGCUAGAGAUAAAUCUGAUACCAAAAUCACAUAUUUGAGUCUAAAAAGUUGCAGUUCGUCCGAUGAACAUCUGGAUCAAAUCGGUAACAAUGAUGUUGGUACCCAAACGAAGCCUCAAACUCAAAGAAACAAUACCACUGUUCAUGUUUGUUGGCACAGGAGUACCAGUAUUAGUAUGAAAGACGAAUUGUUAGCGGUAGAGAACCAACUAUCUGGCUAUUUAUUGAGGAAAUUCAAAAGCAGUAACGGUUGGCAGAAGCUUUGGGUAGUAUUCACCUCUUUCUGUUUGUUUUUCUAUAAAGGUUGCACAGACGAUUUUCCUUUAGCGUCUUUACCACUAUUGGGCUAUUCUGUUGGUCCUCCGCUUCCCGAAGAUCAGAUUGUUAAAGAUUAUGUUUUCAAAUUGCAGUAUAAAAAUCAUUUAUAUUUCUUCAGAGCCGAAUCAGAAUACACUUAUAAUAGGUGGAUGGAGGUCAUAGGAAGCGCGACUCAAAGCAGGCGAAGAAAAAUUUUACCAGUGAACGAUAAUAAAAUCGAAACGUCUUCAUAG